CUCACAUAAUAAUAUAUUAGCUGGCUAUAGAAUGAGUGCUUCAGACAACAAAAAGAAAUCCAUACCCGUAGCGCCUGUGCCACCAGCAGGUGUCCCUGUCAAUCUAUUAUCAAGCGUAGCUCCUCCUUCAGAACUACCUAACUUUGUUACAGCUUCACCGGUUUUACAGAAGCCAAGUGUCAUUGUACCAGUGUCACAACCAGUGCAGCCUGCUGCAGUUCGGGAUAAUGUAUCAAUGGACUCAUCACAACAGCAGGAGACUUUCAGUCCUGCAAUACCACCAAACAAGGGUGAGCCUACUCUUCCAAUCAGAUCACCCGAGGAUACUCAAGCCACACAGUCUCCUGAAUCAUUACCACCUUCCACACCUGAAAUUGAUAAAAUUGGCGAUAUAAUGCCCGGUAGUGGUCUGCUGACGUGGAUGAAGGGCGCGGUAUCCACUGGUGGUAUACUGCAGCGCGUGGCGGAGAAAGCCAAAAGCUCAGUUGAUACUAUGAUCACAACACUUGAUCCACAAAUGAAGGAGUACUUAAAAAGCGGCGGUGACUUAUACAUAGUUGUAGCAUCAGAUAAAGAAGUCAAAGUAUCACCAAUUAGAGAAGCAUUCCAAACUGUUUUCGGCAAAGCGACUGUAGUUGGUCAGGCGGCACAAAGCGAGGUGACAGCCUCACAGCCGGUGGGUUACGCUGCGGCGUACGCAGCGGCCAAGCAACGUGUUGCCCAUGUGCGCUCCACUUGCUCACAUCUCACCAACAAUGUGCCUGUCAUCGCUAUAGAGAGCUAUCUGCAGGAGACUGUCAGUGACAGAUGGUACGAGAUAUCGCUGGUGUUGCUGUCCCAGCCGUCCCUGGGCAUAGAGCUGCAGCUGCAGAGUCAGAGCACGCCGGUGCCGGGCGCGGCUGUGGCAGCGCUGGCCGCCGCCACGCCCGCAGACUACGCGCACGCGCAGACCGGAUACGCCCUCACUAUAGGAUCUCUCAUGGCUGACAGCUUACAUGUGCCUCAUACAGAGUGGCAGGAGGCGACAACAGGUGUUAGUAGAAGAGAAAUCCUUUCCUUAGCGGCGCGAUCUCUCGCGGGUUCUUAUAAGAAAUUACUCGCAAUAUCCGCCGCCGAGACUUAAAAUGUACGGAACGCUACUGGAAUUAUAGAUCUAAUCUAAUACAAAAUUUAUUAUUACUUAUGAGGAAAG